CGACGACGACUCAUCGAUCGGCCACUCAGGGCAACGCAGCAGUCAACCAGAAGGAAGAGGGACAUUCAGGCCGUCGCCGACUUGGGGGAUAGCCUACAGUUUCCAGGCCACGUACCUACACGACAGACGACCAUGUCACUCGAGCAGAUUCCAUACUUGAGUCCGGCCGAGGCCGAGGCAAUGUGGAAUGGCCCUGCCCUGGAGCCACCGCCAGGUGUCACACCAAAGUACACAGACCGGUCUACAGCACUAGAAGUCCUCUACGUCGCUUGUGCGCUUGUGCUCAUCAUCGCCACGGGCUCGGCCGGCCUGCGGGCGUACUCCAGAAUAUGUAUCGUCAAGAAGGUCCGGAUAGAAGACUCUUUCAUUGCCUACGUCGGAGGCGUUUAUGCGUUCAUGAUCAAAUGCGGCGCUUUUGUCCAUCAAUGGAAUGUCCAGCUCAAAGAACUUCCUGACCUGAACUAUCCCUUCUACCAGAUCGUCUACAUCUGCACAGUCCUCAACGAGGUUGUAUUCCUAUUGAUCAAACCCUGUAUCCUCAUUGAGUGGGCACGAAUCUUUUGUGCUACGCAAAGAAAUUACUUCUGGUGGACCUGCUCCGCGCUCAUCACGAUCAACGUCCUGUGGUACAUCGCCGUCAUCCUGGUCGCCAACCUCGAAUGCUUUCCCCGGGAGAAAAUAUGGGACAAAACAAUCGUGGGUGGAAAAUGCCUCGAUCCUAUCCAAGUCAAGCUCAUCUGGGUGUACAACGCGGCGGUCAACCUUGGCCUGGAUAUUGUCAUUCUCAUUCUACCCCAGAGGGUAAUUUGGAACCUGAAGCUCAACAAGAAGAAGAGGGUGGGCUUGUCCAUGAUCUUUGCCUUUGGUCUUGUCUCCGUCUUCUGCGCUGCCAUGCGCCUGUACAAGACCACCACCUUCAUCUAUUCCAAGGAUAUGACCUUUACCAUAUCCGAGUACGGUCUAUGGUGCAUUACCGAAAUCCUCUGCACCUUCCUGGUGUUCUGCCUCCCCGCAGUGCCCAAGAUUAUAAUCGAGAGCAAGCCCAUGGCUCGCAUCGCAUCCUUCUUCGACCUUCGGUCAACCAGGAACACCUCGCGUCCAGACCUCGUCUCCAAUUCGCGCUGGCCCUCGUCCAGGCUUGGCGCGUCAUCAAGGAGCGGCAACAAGAUCAUCAGCGGUACCAGCAGUAGCCACUUCCGCAGCAAGGCCGGCGCAUCCAACAAUCGGGACGCCGAGGACGUUGACGAUGGCAGCAGCGGCCACAGCCUCCAGCAGCUGGGCCAACUGGGCCACCAUGCGCGGUCUGAGUCACAGGAGGAGUUGCGCCAGGCGGAGCGUGACCGUGACCGAAUCAUUACGCGGACAACCGAGUUUGUUGUCACCAGUGAGGAGUUCGUGGCGAAAGAACAUGAUAGGGACGAGGCCAUGCGCACAAAGCUCGGUAUCAGCCGCCUGUAG